CAGGCCAUCAAAGUCAAAUCUGAACUUGAAUUUUGUGCGACUGAUUCAGAGCUGGCCCUCGGUGGUGAUAGCCCAGUGUUGACACCUGGAUCAACGACCCUGUCGUCCUCCCCCUCUCCGACUCUCCGAAACGACCACCGCAGAGCUGGAAGUAAAAUAAAGACUUCUGCUUCUUUCUGAGCUCCUCCCCUCUCUGAGAUCAGAAGAAAGCAGCAGCGUCCUCAAGGGCCAGCAGAUCCAGCCUUUGCAAACAGCCUGACUGCUUGUGAUCUUGAGGUCCCACCCCCCAAUCGUCAUCCAUGAUGGCUAGCAUCAUAGCUCGGAUGAGGAAUAGCCGUAGGCAGAAUGUCCCCUUGGCGCCUUGGGCCCAUUCCAUGCUGAGGUCCUUGAGGUGCAGUCUCCGCCCUUUAAUAGCCAAAAUGGCCGAGAGAAACAUGAAGCUGUUUUCUGGGCAGGUGGUGCCAGAGAAGGGGGAGGAGACCUUUGAAAACUGGCUGACCCAAGUCAACGAGGCCCUGCCAGAAUGGAAUAUGUCCGAGGCAGAAAAGCUUAAGCGUUUGACGAAAACCCUUAGGGGCCCUGCCCGAGAGGUCAUGCGUUUGCUCCAGGCUGCCAACCCCAACCUUAGUGUGGCUGACUUCUUGCGAGGGAUGAAAUUGGUAUUUGGGGAUCCUGAAAGCAGCGAUACUACCCAGGGGAGUUUGCUUAACACCCUGCAGGGCCAAGGGGAGAAGACAUCCCUGUAUGUGAUCCGCUUAGAGGUGCAGCUCCAGAAUGCAAUUCAGGUGGGGGUCGUAGCUGAGAAAGAUGCCAAUCACACUCGCCUGCAGCAGCUCCUGUUAGGGGCUGAUCUGAGUAGGGACCUGAGAUUCCGGCUCAACCAUCUUCUCAUACACGUAGAUGAGCAGGACCGCCUGCCCGAUUUCCUGGAGUUAAUUAGAAUGAUCAAGGAGGAGGAGGACUGGGAUGAGUCUUUGGUGAAAUGUAAGCAGGCCAAAAAAGCACUGGAGAGGGAGGCCAGCCCAGAGGCCUUUGAGGGCUCUUCACCCUUAGUGAUUGGCAGCGCUGACUGUGAAGUGAUAGAGAUUGAGGACAGCCUCGAGGAGGACUCAGAUGAGGAUGUGAUCCUGGUGGAGUCCCAGGACACCCCACUUUUAUUCUCAGGUUCUCCUUCCCCCAGAUGCAAGCCCAGACCUCAAGAAGAAGUACUAAUCAUUGAUUCUCCUAACAGUUCCCCACCUCGAUCUCCUUCCACUAGUGGAGGGGCUCAGUUUAAGAUGAACAAUUCUGGGGAGACACGUCGGGCUAGAAAGCGCAAAUACACUUUCUUCUGUCCCUAUUGUGGUGAUGAGGGUCACUCUAAGGAGACCUGUGACGCUGAAAGUGACAGGACCCACACAUUUGAGAAUCUGAUCAUCACCCUGCAGGAUUUCACACAUAUGGAGGGAGAGGGGGCCGGAGAGGUCUCUGGGUUUCUGGAUGACCCUUAUGAGCUGUUUGAGAUCCUUAACCCUCUGCUGUAGGUGAACCCUAGCUUAUGCUCAGUCCAGCUGUGGGGAAACUGGGGGGUGGGAUUCUAAUUGCAUGAAUUAAUUCACAAGUGGCUUCAUUAGAGGGUGUAGGAGAAAAUGUCUCCACACCAGCACAGUGACCUUUCUUCUU